GUGCCAUGUUCCAGAGCAGAGGAAGCCAGCUGAGGAAGAAGAGCUGAAGCAAGCAGGCCAGCACAGACAGAGGCCAGCUGGGGACACAGAGUUGCCUGUCUCUGGGGUGACUAAAGGGGAAUAAUGGUGAUUUUGCGCCGGGCUCGGCCGCCUGCUUCCGCCCCGACCAGCAAUGAAUCUUGACUCGCUCUCGCUGGCCUUGUCUCAAAUCAGCUACCUGGUGGACAACCUGACCAAGAAAAACUACCGAGCCAGCCAGCAGGAAAUACAGCACAUCGUGAGCAGGCACGGCCCCGAGGCAGACCGGCACUUACUGCGCUGCCUCUUCUCCCACGUGGAUUUCAGUGGCGAUGGUAAAAGCAGUGGCAAAGACUUUCAUCAGACUCAGUUUCUGAUCCAGGAGUGUGCCUCGCUGAUCACAAAGCCAAACUUUAUCUCCACGCUGUCCUACGCCAUUGACAACCCCCUGCACUACCAGAAGAGCCUGAAGCCUUCACCCCAUUUGUUUGCCCAGCUGAGUAAAGUCAUCAAACUAAGCAAAGUUCAAGAGGUGAUCUUCGGCCUCGCGCUCCUGAACUCCUUCAGCUCGGAUCUGCGCGGGUUUGCUGCCCAGUUCAUCAAGCAGAAGCUGCCGGACCUCCUGCGCUCCUACAUCGACGCCGACGUCAGCGGAAACCAGGAAGGUGGCUUCCAAGACAUUGCAAUAGAAGUCCUGCACCUUCUCCUCUCCCAUCUCCUUUUUGGGCAGAAGGGAGCCUUUGGGGUAGGACAGGAGCAAAUUGAGGCCUUCCUCAAAACAUUGCGUAGAGAUUUCCCCCAGGAGCGCUGCCCUGUGGUGCUUGCACCACUUCUCUACCCUGAAAAACGGGACAUCCUCAUGGACAGGAUCCUGCCUGACUCCGGAGGCAUAGCCAAAACCAUGAUGGAGAGCUCCCUGGCAGACUUCAUGCAGGAGGUUGGCUAUGGCUUUUGUGCAAGCGUGGAGGAGUGCCGCAGCAUCAUCAUGCAGUUCGGCGUGCGGGAGGUGACCGCGGCCCAGGUCGCCAGGGUGCUGGGGAUGAUGGCGCGGACGCACUCGGGGCUCAGCGACGGCAUCCCCCUGCAGUCCAUUUCUGCUCCUGGCAGUGGGAUUUGGAGUGAUGGGAAGGACAAAAGCGAUGGGGCCCAAGCCCAUACCUGGAAUGUGGAGGUCCUGAUCGAUGUGCUCAAAGAGCUGAACCCCAGCCUGGACUUCAAGGUAGUCACCUACGAGCUGGACCACCCAGGCUUCCAGAUCCGGGACAGCAAGGGGCUGCACAUGGUGGUGUUCGGCAUCCAGAGGGGCCUGGGCAUGGAGGUCUUCCCUGUCAACGCCAUUUACAGGCCUUGGAAGCAUGCAGAGGGCCAGCUCUCCUUCAUCCAGCACUCCCUCAUCAACCCUGACAUCUUCUGCUUUGCUGACUACCCCUGUCACACUGUUGCCACAGACAUCCUGAAGGCACCGCCCGAGGACGACAACCGGGAGAUCGCCACCUGGAAGAGCCUGGACCUGAUCGAGUCCCUGCUGCGCCUCGCGGAGGUGGGGCAGUACGAGCAGGUGAAGCAGCUCUUCAGCUUCCCCAUCAAGCACUGCCCAGACAUGCUGGUGCUGGCCCUGCUGCAGAUCAACACCUCCUGGCACACCCUGCGCCACGAGCUCAUCUCCACACUCAUGCCCAUCUUCCUGGGCAACCAUCCCAACUCUGCCAUCAUCCUGCACUAUGCCUGGCACGGACAGGGCCAGUCCCCCUCCAUCCGCCAGCUGAUCAUGCAUGCCAUGGCGGAGUGGUACAUGAGGGGGGAGCAGUACGACCAGGCCAAGCUCUCGCGGAUCCUCGACGUGGCACAGGACUUGAAGGCCCUGUCCAUGCUGCUGAACGGGACCCCCUUUGCCUUCGUCAUCGACCUGGCCGCCCUGGCCUCCCGCCGCGAGUACCUCAAGCUGGACAAGUGGCUGACGGACAAGAUCCGGGAGCAUGGGGAGCCCUUCAUCCAGGCCUGUAUGACUUUCUUAAAGAGAAGAUGUCCCUCUAUCCUGGGUGGCCUUGCUCCAGAAAAAGAUCAGCCCAAAAGUGCUCAGCUGCCUCCAGAAACCUUGGCAACUAUGCUGGCAUGUCUGCAGGCCUGUGCUGGGAGUGUUUCCCAGGAGCUGUCAGAGACCAUUCUCACCAUGGUGGCUAACUGCAGCAAUGUCAUGAACAAGGCCAGGCAGCCCCCCCCUGGGGUCAUGCCCAAAGGACGCCCCCCCAGCGCCAGCAGCUUGGAUGCCAUCUCCCCUGUGCAGAUCGACUCCCUGGCAGGAAUGGCAUCUCUUAGCUUGGGAGGCUCAGCUGCUCCUCACACCCAGAGCAUGCAAGGCUUCCCUCCUAACCUGGGCUCUGCCUUCAGUACUCCUCAGUCACCAGCAAAGGCCUUCCCCCCUCUCUCCACCCAGAACCAGAGCACAGGGUUCAGCGGCAUCGGAGGACUCUCUUCACAGCUCCCAGUAGGUGGCCUCAGCACGGGGAGCCUGACCGGCAUAGGAAGCGGAGCCCUGGGCCUGCCCGCGGUGAACAGCGACCCCUUCGUGCAGAGGAAGCUGAGCACCUCUGGACUGAGCCAGCCUACAUUCCAGCAGAGUAAGAUGAAACCUUCUGACUUAUCUCAGGUGUGGCCAGAGGCUAACCAGCACUUUAGCAAAGAAAUUGAUGAUGAGGCAAACAGCUACUUCCAGAGGAUCUACAACCACCCCCCACACCCCACCAUGUCUGUGGAUGAGGUGCUGGAGAUGCUGCAGCGCUUCAAGGACUCCAACAUCAAGCGGGAGAGAGAGGUCUUCAACUGCAUGCUGCGGAACCUGUUCGAGGAGUAUCGCUUCUUCCCCCAGUACCCAGACAAGGAGCUGCACAUCACUGCCUGCCUCUUUGGGGGCAUCAUUGAGAAGGGCCUGGUGACCUACAUGGCCCUGGGGCUGGCGCUGCGCUACGUGCUGGAGGCCCUGCGCAAGCCCUUCGCCUCCAAGAUGUACUACUUCGGCAUCGCCGCGCUCGAUCGCUUCAAGAACAGACUGAAGGACUACCCCCAGUAUUGUCAGCACUUGGCUUCUAUUAGUCACUUUAUCCAGUUCCCACAUCACUUGCAGGAGUACAUAGAGUACGGCCAGCAAUCCAGAGACCCUCCUGUGAAGAUGCAGGGCUCCAUCACCACCCCUGGCAGCAUUGCACUUGCCCAGGCUCAGGCCCAGGCCCAGGUCCCAGCAAAGGCUCCUCUUGCUGGCCAAGUCAGCACUAUGGUCACCACCUCCACCACCACCACCGUGGCCAAAACCAUCACAAUCACUCGGCCCACCGGCGUCAGCUUCAAGAAGGAUGUGCCACCUUCCAUCAAUACCACCAACAUUGAUACCCUGCUGGUAGCAACAGAUCAGACUGAGAGGAUUGUGGAGCCUCCAGAGAACGUCCAGGAGAAGAUUGCUUUCAUCUUCAACAAUCUGUCUCAGUCCAACAUGACCCAGAAGGUUGAAGAGCUGAAGGAAACAGUGAAAGAGGAGUUUAUGCCCUGGGUGUCCCAGUACCUUGUGAUGAAGAGGGUCAGCAUUGAGCCCAAUUUCCACAGCCUCUACUCAAACUUCCUGGACACCCUGAAGAACCCAGAGUUCAAUAAAAUGGUUCUGAAUGAGACCUACAGGAACAUCAAGGUGCUCCUGACAUCAGAUAAGGCUGCAGCCAACUUCUCAGACCGUUCCCUGCUGAAGAACCUGGGGCACUGGCUGGGCAUGAUCACCCUGGCUAAGAACAAACCCAUCCUGCACACGGAUUUGGAUGUGAAGUCCCUGCUGCUGGAGGCCUAUGUGAAGGGGCAGCAGGAGCUGCUCUAUGUGGUGCCAUUUGUUGCCAAGGUCCUGGAGUCCAGCGUCAGGAGUGUGGUCUUCAGGCCUCCCAACCCCUGGACAAUGGCAAUCAUGAAUGUUUUGGCUGAGCUGCACCAAGAGCACGAUCUGAAACUGAACCUGAAGUUUGAGAUCGAGGUGCUCUGCAAGAACCUUGCCCUGGACAUCAACGAGCUGAAGCCUGGCAGCCUGCUGAAGGACAAGGACCGCCUGAAGAACCUGGAUGAGCAGCUCUCUGCUCCCAAGAAGGAUGUGAAGCAGCCAGAAGAGCUCCCACCCAUCACAACCACCACUGCUUCUACAACUCCAGCUACCAGCACCACCUGCACAGCCACAGUGCCCCCCCAGCCCCAGUACAGCUACCACGACAUCAAUGUCUACUCCCUGGGCGGCUUGGCUCCGCACAUCACCCUCAACCCCACGAUCCCGCUGUUCCAGGCGCACCCGCAGCUGAAGCAGUGCGUGCGGCAGGCGAUCGAGCGGGCGGUGCAGGAGCUGGUGCACCCCGUGGUGGACCGCUCCAUCAAGAUCGCCAUGACCACCUGCGAGCAGAUCGUGCGCAAGGACUUCGCCCUGGACUCCGAGGAGUCGCGCAUGCGCGUGGCCGCGCACCACAUGAUGCGCAACCUGACGGCCGGCAUGGCCAUGAUCACCUGCCGCGAGCCCCUGCUCAUGAGCAUCGCCACCAACCUCAAGAACAGCUUCGCCACCGCCCUCAGGGCAGCCUCCCCACAGCAGAGGGACAUGAUGGAGCAGGCAGCUGCCCAGCUGGCACAGGACAACUGUGAGCUGGCCUGCUGCUUCAUCCAGAAGACGGCGGUGGAGAAGGCAGGCCCCGAGAUGGACAAGAGGCUGGCCACUGAAUUUGAGCUCAGGAAGCAUGCCAGGCAGGAGGGGCGGCGCUACUGCGACCCCGUGGUGUUAACCUACCAGGCUGAGAGGAUGCCAGAGCAGAUCCGGCUAAAGGUUGGAGGUGUGGACCCAAAGCAGCUGGCUGUUUAUGAGGAGUUUGCACGCAAUGUCCCUGGCUUCCUGCCCACCAAUGACCUCACUCAGCCCACAGGCUUCUUGGCUCAGCCUAUGAAGCAGCAGGCUUGGGCUACAGAUGAUGUAGCCCAGAUCUAUGACAAGUGCAUGACAGAGCUGGAGCAGCACCUGCAGUCCAUUCCCCACACCCUGGCCAUGAACCCUCAAGCCCAGGCCCUGCGCAGCCUGCUGGAGGCCGUGGUGGUGGCUCGGAACUCCCGUGAUGCCAUUGCUGCUCUUGGGCUCCUGCAGAAGGCUGUAGAGGGCUUGCUGGAUGCCACCAGCGGGGCGGACGCCGACCUGCUGCUGCGCUACCGCGAGUGCCACCUGCUGGUGCUGAAGGCCCUGCAGGACGGCCGUGCCUACGGAUCCCCCUGGUGCAACAAGCAGAUUACCAGGUGCCUGAUCGAGUGCAGGGACGAGUACAAGUACAACGUGGAGGCCGUGGAGCUGCUCAUCCGCAACCACCUCGUCAACAUGCAGCAGUAUGACCUGCACUUGGCCCAGUCCAUGGAGAAUGGCCUGAACUACAUGGCCGUGGCUUUCGCCAUGCAGUUGGUCAAGAUCCUGCUGGUGGAUGAGAGGAGCGUGGCCCACGUGACAGAGGCAGAUCUCUUCCACACCAUUGAGACACUCAUGAGGAUCAAUGCUCAUUCCAGAGGAAAUGCCCCUGAAGGGUUGCCCCAGCUGAUGGAAGUGGUCCGCUCCAACUACGAAGCCAUGAUUGACCGAGCCCAUGGGGGCCCUAACUUCAUGAUGCAUUCAGGAAUAUCCCAAGCCUCUGAGUAUGAUGAUCCCCCUGGCCUGAGGGAGAAGGCAGAGUACCUGCUGAGGGAGUGGGUGAACCUCUACCACUCGGCUGCAGCUGGCCGCGACAGCACCAAAGCCUUCUCGGCGUUUGUCGGACAGAUGCACCAGCAGGGCAUCCUGAAGACGGACGACCUGAUCACGCGCUUCUUCCGGCUGUGCACCGAGAUGUGCGUGGAGAUCAGCUACCGCGCCCAGGCCGAGCAGCAGCACAACCCCGCCGCCAACCCCACCAUGAUCCGCGCCAAGUGCUACCACAACCUCGACGCCUUCGUCCGGCUGAUCGCCCUGCUGGUGAAGCACUCCGGGGAGGCCACCAACACCGUCACCAAGAUCAACCUCCUCAACAAGGUCCUGGGCAUCGUGGUGGGAGUGCUGCUGCAGGACCACGACGUGCGGCAGAGCGAGUUCCAGCAGCUGCCUUACCACCGCAUCUUCAUCAUGCUGCUGCUGGAGCUCAACGCCCCGGAGCACGUCCUGGAGACCAUCAACUUCCAGACCCUCACAGCUUUCUGUAACACAUUUCACAUCCUGAGGCCUACCAAAGCUCCAGGCUUUGUUUAUGCCUGGCUGGAACUGAUCUCCCACCGGAUCUUUAUUGCGAGAAUGCUGGCACAUACCCCACAGCAGAAGGGCUGGCCAAUGUAUGCCCAGCUGCUGAUUGACCUCUUCAAGUACCUGGCUCCCUUCCUUCGGAACGUGGAACUCACCAAACCUAUGCAAAUCCUCUACAAGGGCACCCUGCGUGUGCUGCUGGUCUUGCUGCAUGACUUCCCAGAGUUCCUCUGUGACUACCACUAUGGCUUCUGUGAUGUGAUCCCUCCCAACUGCAUCCAGCUGAGGAAUCUCAUCCUGAGUGCCUUCCCACGCAACAUGAGGCUGCCAGACCCCUUCACCCCCAACCUGAAGGUGGACAUGCUGAGUGAGAUCAACAUUGCUCCUAGGAUACUCACAAACUUCACUGGGGUGAUGCCUCCUCAGUUCAAGAAGGACCUGGACUCCUAUCUCAAGACUCGCUCUCCGGUCACCUUCCUCUCCGACCUGCGCAGCAACCUCCAGGUCUCCAAUGAGCCUGGCAACCGCUACAACAUCCAACUGAUCAACGCCUUGGUGCUCUACGUCGGGACCCAGGCGAUUGCUCACAUCCACAACAAGGGCAGCACCCCCUCCAUGAGCACCAUCACCCACUCAGCACACAUGGACAUCUUCCAGAACCUGGCAGUAGACCUGGACACUGAAGGCCGAUACCUCUUCCUGAACGCCAUCGCCAACCAGCUGCGCUACCCCAACAGCCACACUCACUACUUCAGCUGCACCAUGCUCUACCUGUUUGCUGAGGCCAACACUGAGGCCAUCCAGGAGCAGAUCACAAGGGUUCUCUUGGAGAGACUGAUUGUAAAUAGGCCUCAUCCCUGGGGUCUCCUCAUCACUUUCAUUGAGCUGAUCAAGAACCCAGCUUUUAAGUUCUGGAACCAUGAAUUUGUUCACUGUGCUCCAGAGAUUGAGAAGUUGUUCCAGUCGGUUGCACAGUGCUGCAUGGGGCAGAAGCAGGCCCAGCAAGUCAUGGAAGGGACUGGUGCCAGUUAGAUGAAGCUGCACAGGCUGUUGGGAGGAGGUCCUCAGCCCACCCAGCCGAGAGAAGGCUCUGCAAGGCUCCUCCUGACCUUCCCUGCCCCCCU